AGUUUUUCAUUUUCUAUUUUUAACUCCACAAAGGAUUCAGUGAAACUGGAUAAGAAGAACCAUAAGGAAAUGACUCCUUUGCUUGAAACCGUCUCCCAAGGUCACCUCGGAAUGAUGCACAAAUUAAUAGACCGAGGUGCAAGCAUAAAUGUUGUUGAUGGUGAAGGUAACACUUGUUUGCACCUUGCUGUUAAAAAUGAUAUGUUUGAUUCCGAGGGCAUAACGAUGGAUAUUUUAAAUGAGUACUGCAAUGAGCUGGACCUGAGAAAGGAAGAAAGGCUCUCUGGCAUUGUGGUUGCUAGAUAUCUAGCCGGCCAGGGAGCCGACUUUUACUAUAAAAAUGACAAGAAUAACACACCAUUGGACCUCAUUAAGAAUUCAAAUUUGAGAGAAAAAUUACAAACAUUUUUACCCCCAGUAUGUUUGCGGUGCAGAAAUAGAAUAGCAACCAUAAAAUACCAUCCAUGCGAACAUCUUUUGAUAUGUAAGCAAUGUUCAAUCGUUCCACUUCAACGAUGUCUGAAGUGUCGGAAACCUGUAACAAGCAAAAGUGAAGUUGAGACUGCAAAGGUUGAAACGAAGGAAGUGCGGACUGUGACAAAGACAGUUGGUGAGUAUGAAAUAGCAACUCUUAAUUGAUUUCUAUACAUUUUACAUUCACCUGAGCUGUUUUGUUUAUUAGAAUGGUGGAGAACAGAUCCCAUUUCUAAUUUCCAUUUGAAAGGUUAGAUGUAAAGUAACUGUAUUAAAAAUAUUACUGAAAGUUUAUAAAAUCAAGGUUAACAUGGUUGGUAAAAUGGAUAAAUUAGAUUCAAUAUUGUCUUUUGGAAGAGGGAACUAAAAUCUAUUUUUGUUGAGGUG